GGAAGGAGUGUUGUAUGGCGUUGAAGCUCGUUUACCUCAUAUACCUGACUGGGCCUUUUUUUCUAGUACUCUGCAAAAAGGUUUGGGACAGAGAAUAAUGACAUGGUUUUUCACCUCCAAUGGAUACCCAUAGGUAGCCCAUAAUUCAGGCUGAACAAAGAGAAUAGAGAAGUGAGGCUGGCAGAGAAAUGUGGGUUCCUAAUGUAGACCAUAUGAUGCAGGAGAGCGAGCUAAAAUCCUCAUGAGGAGGAUGCCAAGCAUCACUCAGUCAGUGCCGAUUCGAAGCGUGAUUCAUGGCAUCUUGCUGGUAAAUGCCAGGUCCAUGGACGGUCUGAGCUCCACACAAAAUCCCCAUUGCCUCUGCAAAGGACUUGGGUAAGAGAUGCUUAUUGUCAUUGAUUUGUCUGUCAUUGGUUUAUGAACAAGCUAGUAGUCUGAAGAUUCUGCCCUAUUAUUUAUCAUGUUGCAUCUUGCAUGUCCUAUAAAUGAAAUUUAUUUUUAAGUAGCAUAUGUUAUUUCAAGAUCAGAACAAUUUUUUUUGCUAUGGUAUACAAAUGUGCAAUACAUCCCCUGAACAUGAGUCAGAUGAUGUAAAAACCAGCAAUCGUUUAAAGUUAUGUUACGGAAUAUUUAUUUUUAACCAUAACACCACUUAUUCCCAUAUAUUGUUCCCCUGUGUCAGUGGGGGAAUACUGAACAGCUCAUUAGGAUGCUUUGAACAGGAACUGAACUGACAUGUAAUUACUGGGGAGAUUUAGCAGAGGAGCUCCUUUUUUUUCUUUUUAAGGGGUUCUUCACAAAAAGAUCUCAUUAGUGUUCAGUGCUGUUCACCCUUUUGGAGGCAAAUUUAUAAUUUUCAUCUCAUCUUGAUCCCAUCCCUCAUUUAAAGCAUGUUAUGUAUAGAUUGAGAAAUGCACAGUUCACAAAUACAUUUAGGCUUUUGGGUCUCAUAUCCACUCUAAAAAUAAUUUCAUCAUACUGAAGAAAUGCCAUAAAUUAAAGGCUUCUAAACAUCCAAGAUUCAAAUUGACUGGACUUCUGCUCAAAAGGAUAAUUUCACUCCCACCACUUUUGAAGCAUUCAGCUUUCUGACAAGUUUCUAAACAAGGUUGUAGGUAGCCUAUUCUGCAUCCGUGCUAUAACUGUCCUCCUCAGCUGAUGGUUUUGCAGCAAUACCCCCCACCAGCAGAGGGUGCUGAAGGCCCGGACACAGAGGAGCAGUAUGAUGACCACAGGCAGGGAAUCUAUGGCUGGAGGAAGUGCUGCCUCUACCUGCUGGUGCUUCUCCUGCUCUCCACCCUGCUGGUCAACAUUGCCCUGACCAUCUGGAUCCUCAGGGUCACCUGUCUCAACACAGAAGGAAUGGGGCAGCUGAGAAUAACAUCAGAUCGGGUGAGGCUUGAUGGAGUGUCCGAGUUCCUCUUCUCUCUCUACGCCCAAGAAAUACACUCCAAACAGGACACCUCCCUUCUUAUCCACUCUGAGUCCCAGAAUGUCACGCUCCAAGCCUGCAAUGGGAAAGGAGUUGUGUUAGGUAGCCUUACCCUGGGUCCACAGUCCAUGGAAAGUGUAGGACAACAUUUUGAGGUAAUGACGAGCACUGGGAAAUUGCUAUUUUCUGCUGGUACAGAACAGGUAGUUGUUGGAGCGGAAAAGCUAACCAUUACAGGGUCUGAUGGUGCACAGUGUGAACAUUCCAUAGAGACAUCCCUGGUCAGGGCAGAGCCUUCCAAGGACUUGAGGCUAGAAGCCCCCACCCGUUCCCUCCACCUGGAUGCUCCAAAGGGAGUCCACAUCAAGGCAGUGUCCGGAAGCGGCCAGGCCGUGUCCAGCAUGGACAUCUCUCUACUCUCUAUGGACGGAGUGUUGAUUCUGGAUGCUGAGAGGGUGCAGCUGCCCAGGUUACCUCUGAGUGGAGAGGGAGAGAGAGGAAGUCCUGGGGAGCAGCUGUAUGAAGUGUGUGUGUGUCCUGAUGGAAGACUGUACCUGUCCAAAGCUGGUCACACCUCCACCUGCCAUGACAACAGUCACAAUUGUUAAAAGACCACACUCCAUUAUCUUGAGAUUAAUAUUUCCCUGGGAUCGUCUUUAUACAUACAGGGCAUCAUCAUAGAUAUACAAUCAGUCUUGUCUUGCCUGAAAGUUAUUCUAAGUGCAUUUUAGAAAAAUUAGAAAGUUCAGAAAACGUUUUAAUAAAUAAACAUUUGUAUAUUUCAA